GCUCGGAGUGGGGAGGGGGGUGCAUGAAGUUCUGUGAUACCUCCGGACUCUGUGCCGCGGAUGUUUUAAAGUUUGCUUCCUCCUCGCGGAGCUCCGGGACGCUCUGCAGCUGCAGCUUCGGAGGCAGAGAGCGGAUCGAGGAGAGAAGCUGCGGGUCAGAGACAGGAUUUAUGUCCAGCCAAACAUGCAACGGAUGAAGAUCUGAUCCAGAGACUCCUCAUUGUCCACUCAGAAUGGCGUCCUCCCCUGGACUGAGCCCUGACCCUCUGCCCAUGCUUCAGCUGCAGGAGACAGACGCAGUCAAAGAACCAGACAGACCUGCCUCUCCUGGACUCCUCCCCACCAUGUACAGUCCUCCAGUGGGCUUAGACAGUCACACUGUCUGCAUCCCCUCUCCUUAUACGGACAGUAGUCAUGACUACCAUGGACACGGACCCUUGACUUUCUACAGUCCAUCUGUCCUGGGCUAUACCAGGGCACCUAUAACAGACAGUCCGUCCUCCCUGUGCCCCCCACUUAGCCCCUCUACGUUUUGGCCUUCCUACAAUCACAGCACACCUUCUCUUACUCUGCACUGCACCCAGCCACUUGUCUACCAUGAAACCAGCCCCCAUGGCCCCUGGUUGGAGUCCAAACCCCACAGCCUGAACCCCAGCAGCUGCAGCAAGCUGCUGGGGAGGAAGUCAGAAGAAGAAGCAGAGGGAGGGAAGUCCUCCUCUUGCUCAUCCUCUGUAGGGAAAGCAGACAUGCACUUCUGCGCCGUCUGUCAUGACUACGCAUCUGGCUACCACUAUGGCGUGUGGUCGUGUGAGGGCUGCAAAGCUUUUUUCAAGAGGAGUAUCCAAGGACACAACGACUACAUUUGCCCUGCAACAAACCAAUGCACUAUAGACAAGAACCGUCGUAAAAGCUGCCAGGCCUGCCGCUUACGGAAAUGCUACGAAGUGGGCAUGAUGAAGUGUGGUGUGAGGCGUGAACGCUGCAGCUACCGCGGGGCCCGGCAUCGCCGUGGAGGGCCCCACCUUAGAGAUGCAUCAGACAGAAGUUUGAUGAGGGUCGGGAUGGCUCCACGCGCUCAGCGUCUUCCCCCACUGGACCUGCCUCUCUCCCCGCCGGCUCAGCUCAGCCACGCUAACCCGACGGCCAUGACCCCUGAGGAGUUCAUCUCCCGGAUCAUGGAGGCAGAACCGCCUGAGAUCUACCUGAUGGAGGACCUGAAGAAGCCCUUCACUGAGGCCAGCAUGAUGAUGUCUCUCACCAGCCUGGCAGACAAGGAGCUGGUGCUCAUGAUCAGCUGGGCCAAAAAGAUCCCAGGCUUUGUGGAGUUGAGUCUAGCAGACCAGAUCCACCUGCUGAAGUGCUGCUGGCUGGAGAUCCUGAUGCUGGGCCUUAUGUGGAGGUCUGUGGACCAUCCUGGGAAGCUCAUCUUCUCUCCGGACUUCAGACUCAGCAGGGAGGAGGGACAGUGUGUGGAGGGCAUCAUGGAGAUCUUCGACAUGCUCCUAGCAGCAACCUCUCGUUUCCGGGAGCUGAAGCUGCAGAGGGAGGAGUACGUCUGCCUUAAGGCCAUGAUUCUCCUCAACUCUAAUCUGUGCAGCAGCCCCCCACAGACGGCCGAGGAGCUGGAGAGCAGGAACAAGCUGCUGAGUCUUCUAGACUCUGUCAUUGAUGCUCUGGUUUGGGCCAUUUCCAAACUGGGGCUUUCCACCCAGCAACAGACCCUUCGCCUUGGCCAUCUCACCAUGCUGCUCUCCCACAUUCGCCACGUCAGCAACAAAGGUAUGGACCACCUGUCCACCAUGAAGAGGAAGAACGUGGUGCUGGUGUACAACCUCCUCCUGGAAAUGCUGGAUGCCAACACAUCCAGCAGCAGCCAAACGGCGGCGUCUUCCUCCGAUGCCUACGGUGACCUACAGGAGCACCAGCCUCCUCCUUCGUUUUACCUGCAGGCUGAUCUAGAUCAGAACCUCACUACCCAUCCAGGUUCUGAUGGUCCAGUGGCACCUGAUGAGGACCACGCCAUGGUCAGGCACCUGCAGGCUCGAGGCCUCCUGUCCUCUCCUCUGUCUCAAAUGAAAAGCGAGAGCUAUGUCGCUGCAGCUCAGUGGUCACUGGACGGAGGGGAUGAGCCCCUAGGUUACAUCAUCCCUGAUCGGGUUGCCAUGGAAACCACCUCACAAAAUAAGUGAAAAAUCCAGAAAAGGAAAUGGACAAAGAGUUGUUGUUCAGAUGUUGUUUCGACUGUAGCGGGUUUAGUGGUCAGUAUUUUCUGUGGACGUUGAUGAGAACUUGGUCCAGUUCUGGGUUCUGUUCUCUCCAUUUUGCUGAAACAUCCAGAACAUCUGUGAAGCUGCAUGCUGACCAUCCUGGAGGACCUUGCACUACUUCUUUCUGUACUCUGAUAUGAACCUGCAGCCUGUUGUGUGUCGGUGGAGCAGCUCUGAGCUCUGUGGCCUUUUACCAAAGUGACUGUUAAGACCUUCUCUGAUGCUUUGCUUCCACUAAGGCUGAAUUUAUACAAUCAAACUUCAACUCUUUUCUUUUCUUUUUUUUUACAUCUUUAAAGCUAAAACUAAAACACCUGAUCAGCUGGAUGAGCUCCUGGAGCUGAGAGGAUCUCAUCUACCUCCAUCACCUUGGAUCUCCUCUCUGCUGAAGGUGUUUCCAUAAGGAGAAGAAUUGUCGACAGAAACCUGAAGCUGGUCUCUAAAUGAGCAGAACCAGCAUGUUCUGGGUGCAUCCAAAGAUUCUGGAGGAAGGCUGUCAGUAGCCAUCUUCUGACCUGCAGCAGGUCUGGAUCUGCUGGUCCCACAGGCUCCCAGAUCGAAUGAGUUCUGAUGCUGCUCAGAACGGAGUGGGUGGAGCUUCACCUUCACAAAGCAGCUCAGACCAACUGGACAAGUUCUUACUGGUUCUGCAUCUCCUGGGUGUUCAGGCUGAUUCUCCUCCUGGAAGGUGGAUCUCCAGCCCGUCUAAGAAAACAGGGCAUGAAGACCAGUACUGGGACCAGGCGUGAAGUUCUGGUGAGGUCAUAACCAUCCCCUGAACUUUUCUGGUCUCUGCUUCCUGAGUUUUAAUCCCAACUCUCCGAAGUCCUCAAACAUGUAGAGUUUUAAAGAUGAAGGUGCUUUUUGGAGCUCAGUGUAAAUUCAGCCUUUGGCAGCAUUUCAUCUGACCUUUGACCUUUCUAUCACAUGCAUGAACCCGUCUGAUCCAAUCAGAGAACUUUACUGUUUAUAUGUUACUGAUGUUAACGUCCGUCAGAAUCCAGAACCAGAGCAAACAGAGCAGAACAUCAACCCGGUUUAUUAAGUGUUAUAAAUAAAGCAACUUUUUACA